CAAGUACACUUCUAGACUUGUACCAUUUGUAAACUUCUAGAACUCCUCCCCGGCAUGCAUUGCAUGCCCAACAUGGAUGAACUGACGGUGGAGGUCCGUGGCUCCAACGGAGCAUAUUAUAAGGGAUUUGUCAAAGAUGUCCAUGACGAUUCACUCGCUAUUGCCUUUGAGAACAAUUGGCAACCAGAGAGACAAGUUCCCUUUAGUGAUGUUCGGAUGCCACCUCCAGCCGAUGGUAAAAAGGACAUCGGGGAGGGAGAAGAGGUGGAGAUCUUCUCCCGGGCCAAUGAGCAGGAGCCAUGUGGCUGGUGGCUUGCCAAAGUGCGCAUGAUGAAGGGAGAUUUCUAUGUGAUCGAGUAUGCUGCCUGUGACGCCACAUACAAUGAAAUAGUCACAUUUGAACGUCUUCGGCCUGUAAAUAUCAACAAGGCGGUGUCAAAGAGCUCCUUCUUCAAGUGCACAGUCCCAGUUCCCGACGACCUGAAAGCAGCGUGCGAAAGUGAACAAGCGCAUAAAGAUUUCAAAAAGGCAGUGGGAGCUUGUCGGAUUGUCUACUGUUCAGAAACAAGUAGCUUGGUUGUACUGUCCAUAAAUGAAGCCACAGUUAAGCGAGUGUCUUUGCUCAGUGACAUGCACCUGAGGAGCAUUCGUACUAAGCUCAUGCUCAUGUCCCGAAAUGAGGAGGCCACUAAACAUCUGGAGAGUACAAAGCAACUGGCAUCUGGUUUCCAAGAGGAGUUUACAGUCAGGGUGGACCUCAUGGGCCUUGCCAUUGGAAGCCAUGGAAGCAACAUUCAACAAGCCAGAAAACUGCCUGGAGUCACUGCUAUCGAGCUGGAUGAGGGGAGCGGGACGUUCAGAAUUUACGGAGAGAAUGAGGAGGCAGUUAAGAAGGCAAGGAAUUAUCUGGAGUUUCUUGAAGAUUCUGUUCAGAUCCCCAGGAACUUGGUCGGCAAGGUAAUUGGCAAGAAUGGGAAAGUCAUUCAGGAGAUCGUUGACAAGUCUGGAGUGGUGAGAGUUAGGAUUGAAGGGGACAAGGAUGGCACACAGCCACGUCAAGAAACACAGGGAAUGGUCCCGUUUACAUUUGUCGGCACUAAGGAGAAUAUUGGGAAUGUCCAGGUACUUCUGGAGUACCACAUUGCCUACCUGAACGAAGUCGAGCAGCUGCGUAUGGAGAGACUGCAGAUAGAUGAGCAGCUGAGGCAGAUUGGGAUGGGCCACAGGCCUUCAUCUGGCCGCCCAGCAGACAAGGGCUACACCACAGACGACAGUGUGGCUGCUACCGCCGUGCACACCAGCCGCUCCUACACCGGCAGAGGCCGCGGACGCAGGGGCCCCAACUACACCUCCGGCUAUGGCACAAACUCUGAGCAAUCCAAUGCCUCUGAGACUGACUCUGAGCGUAAGGAUGAGCUGAGUGACUGGUCCCUGGCGGGAGAAGAACCGGAGAGGGGGACUCGACAACAGAGAGACAGCAGGAGGAGAGCUGGUCCAGGGAGGGGUAGAGGGCCCAGGGGCCGUGGAGCAGGGAGAGGAGCCCCCAACACCGCUCUGAAGGAUCCUUAUGGCAACCCAUACAGUGUGCUUGACAACACAGAGACAGACCAGACGGCUGACACUGAUGCAAGCGACUCCAACCUCAACACAAACCGCCGCCGCCGCUCCCGCCGCCGUCGGACUGACGAGGACACAACAGUCAUUGAUGGCAUGAGUGAAUCAGAUAACGCUUCCCUCAGUGAGAAUAGCCUUGAUGACUCAAAAGCUAAACCGCAACGGCGUAACCGUAGCAGCAGACGCAGUGUCCGCCCACCAGAGGAAAAGCAACCAGUUACAGUGGCAGAUUACAUAUCCCGUGCUGAAUCACAAAGCAGACAGACUAACCAAAAAGAACUGAAAAAGAACAAAAAAGAACUGGGGCAGGUUGAGUGUAUCGCGGAGCACAGCCUAUCUGCAGAAGCAAAUACAAGCAACGGACCCAGCAAUGGAAGAGGUGACGAACCAGGCAGGGCUUCCACAGAACAGGUUGCCAAAGUCACUUACCAAGGGAAUGGUGACCAGCAGCCUGUCCUGAACGGGGUUUCCUAAUCUACGAAUCCACUCAAACUCAUUAAUUGUACUACAUUUUUACAAUAGUUAUUGUACAAGCUUGCCAAAGAUAGUCAUGGACUUCCAGAUUCUCUACUGCACUUUUCAGUUCCCUCAACAUGGGACACAGAGAGAUUUAGCACUGAACCCGAGACAUAAGAGUAUGUUUCAAGUACAUGAUCUGAUGUUGUGCCUUGAGAAUAGAUUCAACAUAGUUAGUUGCCUGGCUGUAGUAAACGUUUUGUCAGUGAUGGCAAAGAUAGGAAGAAUCCAGUUAUCCUAAUAUUUGUUGAGUUAGCUGCUUUUUGUUACAUUUUAAUAUGCAACCACUUCUUCAUACGAGGAAAUGCAGUCUGGAAGAGUUUUGCACUGAAUUGUAAUUUAUUUUCCAUAAGAAUAACAUUAGUCUGGAAACUGGUCUGUUAAUGUUCAAUGUCAAUUUUUUUUCUUUUUCUGAAUGACACUCCACAUAGUAGUGAACCUGUAUGCUGAAAUGCACCCACCAGAGGCUGGAAUUAUGGUGGCAGUAACUGGUCUCAUGAAGGAGCUUUAUUUGGUUUAUCAAGUGUACAGUAUUUAAAAAGCUGUUAUUCCUAACACUGGCUGAAGACCGUAUUUUCAUGCAGGUGACAAUUUGGACUACUGAAAGAGAAGUUCCCAGAUGUUGGUUUGGUAAACUACAAUUCUGUUUUUUUAUGCUCAUUCUGGUUUGAUGUGCAAUAUGUUUUGUAUGCCGGUAGUUCUUAAAUAAAACCCGAUCUUCCAUUUAGAUCCAAA